AAAAUCCUUGUUAACAAGAGAAAUAUAAAUAAGAAUCACAUGUAUAUAUAUACACAUAUAAAAAUAGUUUCUUUGUAAGUUUUUCUCUUUUGUAACUGCUACAUGAACAAAAACAAACAAUGGGCAAUCUUUGCACUUGUUUCGCCCCCAAAACAGUAAAAAAGAAGAAACCCACAAAACGUUUACCGGGAAAUAAUAAUCAUAACUCACAAUCCUUACCCAAUUCAAGUAAUCGGUGGACCCGGAUCCGAUCACAGCGUAAAGAUAGUACUGAUUCUUUGAUUCAAGAACAGGCUUUAGCUGCUGCUAUUCUUUUCAGGCAACACCAGAGUCAAAACGGGUCCGGUUCAUUGCCUUUUGAUCGUUCAGCUUCUCUUCGGUACCCAAAUAAUAGUUCCGGGUCGAAGAAAGCCCAGUUGCCUCGGAGCUCCAGUUCUAGAGCGCGGUCUCUUACUGAUCCUCUGUUACAGCCUCAUCAGCUUGUUAACCAGGAUAUCAAGCUCGAUGAUCUUGAGACUAACCAUUUCGUCCUUGUCCAUGGGGGAGGCUUUGGUGCCUGGUGUUGGUACAAAACAAUAGCACUUCUAGAAGAGGCUGGUUUCAGAGUUACUGCCAUAGACUUAACUGGCUCGGGGAUUCAUUCUUUUGAUACAAAUGGAAUUAUCAGUCUUUCUCAAUAUGUGAAACCCCUUUCUGAUUUUCUUGAGAAACUUGCGGAUGGAGAGAAGGUGAUUUUGGUGGGGCAUGAUUUUGGUGGUGCUUGUAUAUCGUAUGCAAUGGAGAUGUUUCCUUAUAAAACUUCAAAGGCUAUUUAUAUUGCUGCAGCAAUGCUGACUAACGGACAGAGCACACUGGAUAUGUUUUCACAGCAGGGGAAUUCAAAUGAUUUGAUGAAACAGGCACAGAUAUUUGUGUAUGCAAAUGGAAAUGGUCAUCCUCCAACUGCUAUUGAGCUGGAUAAGUCAUUAUUAAGAGAAUUGCUGUUUAACCAGAGUCCUACCAAGGAUGUUGCAUUAGCUUCUGUUUCAAUGAGGCCGAUUCCCUUUGCACCAGUUCUGGAAAAGCUUUGUCUUUCAGACACGAAAUAUGGAACAGUUAGAAGAUUUUACAUAGAAACUCCAGAAGAUAAUGCAAUUCCAAUAUUAGCACAGGAAAGCAUGAUCAACUCAAGUCCACCGGAAAAGGUUUUCCGUUUAAAAGGUGCCGAUCAUUCACCAUUUUUCUCAAAGCCUCAAGCACUUCACAAGAUGUUGGUAGAAAUUUCAAAGUUGCCUCCAACUUGCUAGUUUGCAAAUUACACAAUUUCUUGCUGCACCCACUGAGAGCUCCACUGACAUGGUAUAGAAAUGUUGCUUCCACCGGUCCUCUUCUCUCUUAACUGAUUAGAAGAGAGCAUUUUGGAUGGUUGUGUAAAUGCAAAUACUAUUGAAAAAGAGCUGUCUUCUUGUUAGAGCACAAAAGAAGAUGUUUAUAUCCUUCCUUUUUUCUUACUUUUCUUUUUUCCUGGUUUUCUUGUCAUUUUUCACUCGAUAAGAGAAUAUUGAAUUUUUUUUUUCUUUAUAGCAUCAGAGUUUCAGUCU